AUGGCACCAAUACGUACUUUGUAUAGUGAAUCUACUGAUGCCAAAAAUUUUCAAGGACAUGGAUAUAAAUUAGAUAGUAGAGAACGUGAACUUGAAUCUCAAUGCAAUGAGUUGCUUCUUGAAACUGAAUUUUUCGCUAAUAAAUGUUCUGAAUUUAGAAAUGCUAAAGCUCUUGCAGAAGCGCGAUCUGAUGUGAUUACUAAAGAGCUAGAGAAAAAAAAUGACAAGAUUUUACAUCUCCAGAAAAAAUUAAAUCGGUACAUUAAUGACAAAAAUCAAAAUGACUUGAUUAAAAAACAACUCAAAGAAGAAAUUAAAGA